AUGCAAGCGUCGGACGGCGACCCCGCCGAUCCGAGUCACUGUGGCCGCCAUGUUGCAAACCGCCAGCUGGGCGGUCAACCAGGCCGCCGCUCCAACCCGCGCCAUCACUGCCGAUCGCCGCUACCGGCAAAAGGCAACGCGUACAAAGUCAAGAGCGCAAAUCUGGCUCGACAAUCUCCAAGCCCCUUCGCACCAGCACAACCACGCGUUGAAAGAGCCUUUGCCGAGUACCCGCCCCGCCGCCACCGCUGUCGUGCCCGUCGUCGUCGUUCCUGUGAAACAGCGAAAUUUCCAUGCACCAACAUCAACAAUAACCACAACAACAAUAACUUUGUAUUUCACUUCAUCUUCUCUACGUGGUUCAUCAUUGAUUACUCGUUUGAAAACAUAUACUUCGUCAUCAUCUUCUCGGUCCUGUUCAUCGGCCUGGCCGCUCUGGUCACGUUUGUGGCUUUGCCGCGUGACAUGCAUGACAAUGCCUGGAAGGUCCAUCCCGCCAAGACCAUUGAUCGCGUCUGGACACCGCAGGAAGAACAAGCCCUCUUGCAAGCCGUGCGCCAGCACAGGGUAUACCGCUGCUCGACCAAGGACUCCACCCCGCUCCAAGAGGACAUUGGUGAAGCACAUGACCUGAUCCCUGGCGUAGGCUGCCCCCAUCCCCUGAUGCAGCCCAAUCGCAACGACACCAAAUGCAUCUUCGCUCCACGCAUGGACAUUGGGCGCCACUACAUCGCGACGGGUGGCCGCCGGGCACUGAAAGAACCCUACCAACGCCUUGUCAACCGCCUUCUCUCCUUCUCGCAUUUUUUUAUCGGCGAGCACGGCUCCACAGAAGAGGAUCUCCGCAAAAUGAUUCCGGGCUAUGACUCGCUCUUCAACAGCUCCGAGUACCGCCAAGCUGUUGAUCUCAUCUGCCCUGGCAAGCCUCUUCUCGACCCCUUUCAAUUGGGUAUCAUUGUCCAAGUUCCGGGACAACAGGUGGCCAUGCACUUUGACGCCCCUUGGUUCUUUGGUGCUGAUCGCUGGACCGUCCCCGUGUGGUUGCUGGUGGUCAUGCACCGAUCGGGCUUGUUCAAAGCCGAGACCGUAUCCCAGAUCCAGGGCGUAGCUUAUGUGCAUGACUGGGGCGCCAAGGCACGGAACAUGAGCGAUGCCGAACUCAAUGCCGAGUUUGGCGGCUCCUUCUUCCAUUACACCGCUGGCGAGCAGUUGCCGCCUGCAGAUUUUGUCCCUCGCCAGGGUAGUGCCAUUCUGUUGAAUGGUGCCGAAUGCGCUCACGGAACAGAUUUGUUUCACCCCCACGGCGAUCGCACCCCGCCCCGCAUGGAUAAGAGCUCAGCCAACGAAGUUCGGUAUCGCCCCGCCACCGCUACAAGGUCGGAGGGCUGGCAGGUCGUGUCUGACAACAAGAUCAUCAAGGAGUAUGGCUUUAGUGAUCUCCGCAUCGCGCUCGUCUGGCGCUCGCGCUGCUUUGCAGAUGAGACUGAGCGCGAGACCUACCGUCAAACACCCCCCAUGGCCGGCGAGCUUUUGAUCAAGACCUACAUCAAGUAUCCCCUCCCCACCGCGGUGAUGCCAUACAACUACUGUGCCCUUCCAGAGUUGUUGCCAGCGGCUUUCAAGGGUCUGGCUGCUCAGGUUCUUUCUCCCUUGUGCGAGUAG